AUGGCGGGAGGCGGGAAGCAGCAGGCGUCCUCCUCCUCCGUCUUCUCGAUCCGGUACCCCCGUGCUGCAUCCUCCAUUCCAAUGGCGAAAGUCCUCGCCUUCUUUGUCGUGCUCGCCGUCUCUUCCCUCUGCUUCUUCUUCUUCCCCUUCGCGUCCUCGUCCUCCCGCUGUUCGCCUGAUCUGAACCAUGGGAACCCUUUCGAAGUUCCAUUCCCGGUGGCUCGCGGCUCUAGUGUCGAGAUCCCUGGGGAUACUCCUCCAGUGUACUCAUUUGUGGCCUCGCUCGAGAAAUUUCUCGCAUCUGGUCCCGAGGCAUAUGGGGGUUCCCUAGAUCUGAGCCGCGAGGGAGGGGGAGCUGCUUCGGAGGAGGCUCUGGAUGACGCGAUCUGGUCGAGAGAUGCUGGAAAAAUGUAUGGGGGGGAUCCCUUGGGGCAUUGGUCUGCAUUGUCGGUGGUUAGGGUCUAUGUAUAUGAGAUGCCGGCCAAGUUCACCUACGACCUGUUGAGGCUUUUUCAAAGUACGUAUAAGGAGACGGUGAACCUCACGUCCAACGGAAGCCCUGUCCACCGCCUGAUCGAACAGGUGACCUCCGUUCUAUCGUAUCAACCGUACCUCAUGAAUUGAUGGAAUAUGGCCGAAUGCUAUCAUAUGAGCAUCUUAAGCUGGCCUUUUUUUUAGAGCAUCCUUGUCUUACGAUUUCCACUGUAAUCACAAAUCUACUGCGGUAACUAAGCGUAUCAACCUAACCUAAACUCUAUUCUACUGGAUAAGCACGCCAACUUAAUAAUUUGUUGUCACUGGAUUUUUAUUGAAAGGUACAGAUUUCCAUCCCAUUCCUGUAAUUUGCACGCCUGUUAUUCUUGGUCAUUUUGAUUUUCUUUUCGUGUCCUGGUUUGGGAUGCGGGCUUCUCAAUGAGCUUCUUACUUGUAUUUUUCAGCAUUCUGUUGACUACUGGCUAUGGGCAGAUUUGAUCUCUCCAGCGUCCAGGAGGCUACUAAAAAGUGUUGUACGCGUUCAUCAGCAAGAGGAGGCUGACCUGUUCUACAUACCAUUUUUCACAACAAUCAGCUAUUUCUUGCUUGAAAGAAAGGAAUGCAAGGCACUUUACAGGGUGCGGGAGCAACCCCAAGGUUUAAAUUUUAGAUGAUAUUGACCUCAUCCAUGUUUGACAAGAAUUUGUUGAUCUGAGAGAAACAUGUAAAAUGUUCCGCAGGAGGAAAAAAAUAGUGCUCUACAUCUCAGUUUAUCUUUAUUUAUUUAUUUAUUUUAAUUUAGCCGCUUUUUUUUUCGACUUGUAGUCAAUAUAUCUACUGAUAUAAAUCAUUUCAUGUGUAUCUACUGAUUCCAUGAGGUAGACAUGAAAUGGUUUGAUUAAACUGUGGACAUCGAAUGCUGAUGCUAGCUUAAUGCAUCGUCUAGGACUAGUCGUUUUCUUUUACUUGAGAUGUGUACAAGCCAUUAUUUUCUUAAGAUUAUUUAUGCCAAUUUAACCUUCAAAUCUUAGUGGUGUCUGUAAGCUAAUAGAGUUGUCACACAUGCAUUGCGCGUAUGGAACACGAAACAUUGCUUGAGGAGAUUAUUCAGUCAAAAUGCCAAAUGCCAUGCAUGCCACUCUAUCACUGGUAUCCAAUUUAGAUUCGUGAACCUACAUAUUCAGGAGUAAACAAGGAAUUUCAUGCGGUUUAGCUUCCCUUAAAAUGUAAAACUGGAGCUUACCCUGAAUUUUGAGGGGGUUGCUGUUUUCUCUCGUAGGUUUUAAACAGUGAACUUCUGAUUUUUGUACCACACAUGUGUACUGUGAUUUGCCAAAUCUUUUUGGAAGUAUGUUCUCCCCACAUGUGUCCUUAGUGAUAUUUCUGUUCAUGUCUAAACUUAAACUGAUUCCCCAACUAUUUAGAAAGCUGAGACCACCCACAUCCAGACAAAAUAUGAGGUGAAGAUGUUAUUCAGUUUGUCCUUUCUGUCUUCCAGGAAUCAGGACAUCAAUAAUGAUUAGCUUUGAAUGUUGUUUAGGCUAAAAGGAAAUGUUGUCUGGACAGUGAUGUUGACCACUGAGAAAUGUGUUACUAGCAAAAUCUGGUCAAACUGUUUUCCUUUGACUUUCCAUUGAUCGGUUGACACAGCUAAGGAGAUGUGGCAAGUAAAAUGCUGCAGAAUUGCUUUUUCUGAACUUCCGACUUGCUCCUUCCCAAUGAUACAAUUUCAUCGACUUGGUUCUAUUAUUCUGGCGCAUCUGAAACCUUGGCUACUGCAGAAAUUAUUCAGUCCUGGUUGCAUUAUUUUGUUAUUUAUGGCUUCCUAGUAUGUUGUUGUAGUUAGCAUGGAUGGAUAAGGAUGACAUUCUAUGGAUCUUAUUGUUGAACUUCUGCGAAACAGGAGGCUUUGCAGUGGGUUACUGAUCAACCUGCCUGGAAAAGGUCAGGGGGAAGGGAUCACAUACUUCCAGUUCAUCAUCCUUGGUCUUUCAAGUCUGUCCGCAGAUUCAUGAAGAAGGCGAUUUGGCUUCUUCCCGAUAUGGACUCCACUGGAAAUUGGUCGUGCUUUUUUUGACAAUCAUUGAAUAUAGCUUUCAUCUCUCUGUGAGCACAAGCCUCGUAGCAAAUAGUGCAUGAUUGACAGACUCUAAAAUGUGCAGGUACAAGCCUGGAGAAGUGUGGCUCGAGAAAGACGUUAUUCUUCCAUAUGUGCCGAACGUUGAAGUUUGUGAUGCGCAGUGUUUAUUAGACAGCCAAUCUCAAAGAAGUAUCUUUCUGUUCUUCAGGGGGAGACUUAAAAGGAACGCUGUAAGAAUGUUCUUUUGCAUCAUUCUUCCGAGAAACUUUGACUUGUUAGAUUUUUGUAUGCUUAGUGUGAUUUAUUUCCUGUUCAGGGAGGGAAGAUCCGCAGCAAACUUGGGGCGGGACUUACUGGUGCCGAGGGUGUUGUAGUAGAAGAGGGGAGUGCAGGAGAAGCUGGGAAGGCAGCUGCCCAGAAUGGAAUGCGCAGGUAGAUAACGCCACGCAAUCCUUUGCCUAACUGCUGUAUAUAUGUAAUACUCUUGGGGGAUCUAACUUCAAUUUUUUCUUUGGUUUUAGAUCCAUCUUUUGCUUGAGCCCCGCAGGGGACACCCCAUCAUCUGCCAGACUCUUUGACGCAAUUGUCAGUGGAUGUAUUCCUGUAAUAGUUAGUGACGAGCUGGAGCUCCCCUUUGAAGGAAUUCUAGAUUACAGAAAGGUAUGGGAUUUGAUCUGCUCAUUGGAAGUGAACUUUGAUCAUAUUGGUUUCUAGUGUGUUUUUUUCUUUGCGGCAUUGAUGUCUCAACGGUGGUAAUAAUAUUCAUCAUAUUACCAUUUUCAUCAUUCUACAACGAUGAUUGGGUAGGAUGUAAGCCAGGUCAACGCUUGAUGGCGUGGGAGAACCGCUCAAUUCUCUCUCAGAUGAACAGCUUUUUUAUAACUUAUGGUCCCCAUUCCUGGCUGCCUCAAUUAUCCUCCUACUUGCAGAUAGCUCUGUUUGUUUCUUCAAGUGAUGCGAUAGCCCCUGGCUGGCUUGUCUCGUUCCUCAAGGGCGUUGACCCCAGAAAGAUCAAGGAGAUGCAGGUCAACCUUGCGAAGGUGAUUGGACCCAGUCAACGAUGUGGAUGCCAUAAGCUGCCAUCUGUUUCUGAUAACAGUUUCCGCUUCUGUGUCUGUAGUUCUCGAGGCAUUUUCUGUUUUCAAGUCCCUCUCAACCCCUUGGUCCGGAGGAUCUUACUUGGAGGAUGGUCAGUUCUCUGAUCCUCUCUCGAUUAUGCUAACAGUAGUAAUCUCCAGAAGCCAUUGGAGAUGAUCUCUCGUGAUUAGGGAAGCCUUUUCUGCACAUUUCCAUUAAUACCCAUUUCUUUCUUUCUAUUUUUUUUCCUUUGGGCAUGAAAGAUUGCUGGCAAAUUGGUCAACAUCAAGCUGCACACCAGGCGAUCACAGCGUGUGGUCAACGAAUCGAGGAGGCUAUGCACGUGCGAAUGCAGGCUUGGCAACAACACGGCGGCGGCGCCUGCGCUGCCCUUCACACGGUAG